ACCCUCAUCUGCCUUGUGGACAACAUCUUUCCUCCCGUGGUCAACAUCACAUGGCUAAGCAAUGGGCACUCGGUUACAGAAGGUGUUUCUGAGACCAGCUUCCUCUCCAAGACUGAUCAUUCCUUCUUCAAGAUCAGUUACCUCACCUUCCUCCCUUCUGCUGAUGAGAUUUAUGACUGCAAGGUGGAGCACUGGGGCCUGGAGGAGCCUCUUCUGAAACACUGGGAGCCUGAGAUUCCAGCCCCUAUGUCAGAGCUCACAGAGACUGUGGUCUGUGCCCUGGGGUUGUCUGUGGGCCUCGUGGGCAUUGUGGUGGGCACCGUCUUCAUCAUCCGAGGCCUGCGUUCAGCUGGUGCUUCCAGGCGCCAAGGACCCUUGUGAAUCCCAUCCUGGAAGGGAAGGUGCAUCGCCAUCUAUAGGAGCAGAAGAAUGGACGCGCUACAUGACCUAGCACUAUUCCCUGGCCUGAUUUAUCAUAUCCCUUUUCUCCUUCACAUAUUUCUCCUCUCACCUUUUCUCUGGGACUUAAGCUGCUAUAUCUCCUCAGAGCUCGAAAAUGCCUUUUGAAUUCUUUCCUUGACCUCCUGUUUUUUUUUUUUUUUUUUUUUUUUUCUUUUCUUAUGUUACCUUCUAAGAGAUGCCUGGAGUAAGCCACUCAGCUACAUAAUUCCUCAGUAACCUCGAUCUAAAAUCUCCAUGAAAACAAUAAAUUUCCUUUAUAAAAUCUAUGUCAAA